CUUUGUGAUGGGUUGAUCGGCUACACUUCUGAGGAAAAUGAUGGAAAGCAAAGAAGUGCUUCAUUUUGUGCCGGCCGACGCUUCAUCACCUGGACAGACAAGAAAUGGCCACCCGUUCCAAAGGAUGGAGCUGCGAGACGCCGAAACAGAGGACAGCGGAGAAGAGAGCCGGAGGAAACGAGACACGCUCGCCGUCCCGCCGGACAGAAGUCACUACGAGACGAACGUUCAGCCGAGCAUCUCAGACGCUGAUGCUUCAGGAUUUGGCCUUCUGCAUACAUCAAGAAGAUAUGUGAAGCUGGUGGAUUUCCAGGAGGAGGUGAGAGCUCACCGGGAUCUGGAUGGGUUUUUGGCCCAGGCCAGCAUCCUGCUGGACGAGAGGGCGUCCUCCCUGGAUGAAGUGCUGCGCAGAAUGCUGGAGCAUGUGGCCACGGACGGCCAGGGCAGCUGCAAUGCGGAGGAGGUCAUGAGUGCUCUGUUCACAGACGCCGGAGGACAGGAGGCCAACGUUCACUUGUUGACCGAGACCAUUCAGGGAGUGACAGCGACAGCCACUGGAGUUCGCUACCAGCAGUCCUGGCUCUGUGUGCUCUGUAACGUGAAGAGUCUUCAGAGACGCUGCGUCUGUGUUUCGCGUCUGGAGCGGCCGCAGAACUGGGGUGUGAACUGCUGCGAGGUUCGCUACGUUAUCCUCAUCCUGGCACCGCCUCGCACAAAAAGCACAAAGACCGCCAUAGAGCUCGGCCGCACGUUUGCCACCUUGUUCUCAGACAUCUCGUUUAGACAGAAACUCCUGGAAACGAAGACCCAGGAGGACUUCAAGCAGGAGCUGGUGAUUCAAAGGCAGCGGCUCUCCACUGCCAUCCAGAAGCCCUCGCUGGAGGAAGAGACCGACCCACACAGCAACAAACCACUCAAGGUAAAAGAUUUCCUCCGAGCAGGUCGUGGCAUUUAUGAAGACCUGUGCCGCAGGCUUCCGUUGUACCUGUCGGACUUCACAGAUGGGAUUCUGGACGCUAACAGAUCUUUGCUGAAGUACACCACCACAGCCAUCUUCCUCUACAUCGCCAUCCUGCUGCCGGCCAUUGCGUUCGGCUCUCUGAAUGACGAGAGCACACAAGGAGAGAUAGUAAAGAUGAGCUGUUCACUGUGUGCUAUGUGUCCUCUCAGCUCCACAGAAGAAGUGAUAGCUUUGUUCAUCUCCAUUGCCUUUGUGGGCGACGCUUUGAAAGGCACCAUAAAGAUAUUUCAUAAAUAUUAUCAUGGCCUUACACUAGUCAACGGAAGCACAGAGGAACUGCAUGGUCUGGGUGUGAUACUUCAUCAGGGAGUGAACGGAACAGAGAAUGGAGGCAUCUCACUGCCUGCAACAAUGGUUCUGUGCACCAGGGAGCGCCCUAUUCUCUGCCUGCUGCUGAUGCUGGGAACACUGUGGCUGGGCUAUGCCCUCUUCCUCAUCAAGAGAAGCCCAUUCCUGCAUGCUAAAGUCAGGGAGGUGGUGUCAGACUGUGCAUUGCCAAUCUCUGUGGUCAUCUUCUCCUUCGUGGGCUCCUACCUGUUCAUCGACAUUCAGCUUCCAGUAUUCAACUACCAGAAUGAAGCCCUAUUCAGAGUAGCAGCUUUUGACCAGCUGACAGGGAUGAAUGUAUUAAGUGCAUGCGGUCUUGGCUUUCUCCUUGCCUUGCUCAUCUUCAUUGACCAGAAUAUUGUGGUGUCCCUCACCAAUGCCCCAGAGAACAGACUGCUAAAGGGAACGGCGUACCACUGGGACCUGAUGCUCUCUGGGUUUAUCAACAUCCUGAUGUCGGUGCUGGGGUUGCCAUGGAUGCACGCGGCUUUCCCACACUCCACGCUGCAUGUGCGUCAGCUGGCGCGGGUGGAACAGCGAGUGGAGGGGGGCCACCUCUAUGAAACUCUGUCACUGAUCAUUCUUAUCUCAAUCUGUGUUCCCAAGACGUCGUAUCCACCCACUCACUACAUCCGCAGAGUGCCGCAGAGGAAGGUACAUUAUUUCACAGGCCUGCAGAUUGUUCAGUUGAUCAUCCUGUGUGCGUUUGGGAUGUACCCUCUGCCCUAUAUGAAGAUGAUCUUCCCUUUACUCAUGAUCAUGCUCAUUCCAAUAAGGAACUACUUGUUGCCGAAGAUUAUUGAAGCAAAGUACCUGGAUAUCAUUGAUUCUCAACACAUGUAGAUGUACAAAUAAAAAAAGGGACUGUUCAGAAACAUUAACACUUCUAAAAUGCAGGGGGAAAGUGCAUUUCCUAUUUGUAUUCUUAUUAGAAAACAUGGUUUGCUGGCUGUGAUAUGUGCCUUCUAUGUGUUAUGAAUUCAUUCUUUAUACAACGGUCCCUGACAUUUUGUAUUUUUUUAGUGGAAUCAUAAACUCUUAUUUUUU